AUGCCCAAACUUUCUACGGAGAACCCGAAUGCGCUGCUUCAAACAUCGACAGACUUACAGAAGAUUAGCAAUGGUUUGGCAGAUGGAAUACUGGCCAAACGAGAAGAAGAGCGUGGCCGCAAAAGAGACCUUGACAAUGAGGACGCAGACCGCGAUACCCACUCGUCAAAGCGAGCACGGUCGCUUUCAUCUCACUCUACGAACUCCGUUGCCACGAUAUCCACAACCCGUUCCGCUUCAGCGUCGCCUGACCGCCGGAGCAACCCCAGGGAGCAUGCGAGGGACCGCGCAACCAGCUCAGUAGCUACUCAGGGUCGUCCUACUCAGGAGCGAGACAUAGAUCCAGAUCUCGAGAAUGGGCUGAAGAUAGGAACAUCCGGCGACGACGUCGAGAAAGCAGCCCCGAAGAACGUGGAAGGCAUAGAGACUCUCGAAACCGAGAUCACCGCCGCAGCUCAUGUGUGGACCAGGGUCAAAUUGCAAAGGAAAGGCGAUCUACUCCUCCCAGAGCUGGCCGCAACCGGUCUGGACAGCGGUCGUACCGGGAUCGAAGUCCUCCAGUACAUGCUCACCCAGCAAGAUCCAGACAGGAACCCCGGGCUAGAGCAGGGCCACCCCGAGAACGAAGUAUGA